CAAAAAUAUCAUAAUUCAACUACCACGUGUGAACUGUGAAUGAGCGAUAAAUAAAUUAUAAACUGAAAAUAAAAAAUAAAAAAUAAAAAAAUCAUUUGUGUGAUUUGCAGGUAACAAUGGCGUUCUCUGCAACUCUUCGAUGUUCGUCUUCUCUAUACCGCCCUUCGAAAAAUUCAACAAUUUCAAGCGUUUUGCGUCAAUCGUCUUCUUCACUGUCUUUUAGAUCUUCGCCUUCAUUUUUUAAUCGCAAAAAAACAUUGUCUAUUCGAUCUGCUACACUUGAAGCAGCACCUGCAUCUGGAGGAGUAGCACCUGCAAUUUCCUUAACUGACAAUGCAUUAAUGCACUUGAAUAAAAUGAGGAAUGAUCGGAAUGAGGACUUGUGUCUUAGAAUUGGCGUUAAACAAGGGGGAUGCUCGGGAAUGUCAUACACGAUGGAGUUUGAAAAGCGAGAAAAUGCUAGACCAGACGAUUCAAUCAUUGAGUACAAUGGAUUUGUUAUUGUUUGUGAUCCAAAAAGCCUUCUCUUCAUCUUCGGAAUGCAACUGGACUACAGCGAUGCAUUGAUAGGCGGGGGCUUCUCUUUCAAAAAUCCAAAUGCUACGCAAACUUGUGGUUGUGGAAAAUCGUUUACUGCUGAGAUGUAAGAGCAUGUAGGCUUAGAAAUGUACUACAACAUUACAUACUUGAACACCAACUGUAGUUUGCUUGGUCCUCUAGAUAUCGACAGACAGUAAUGAAGAUAUGUUAAAUCAUAUUAUGUGCAUAAGGGACUGUAACUUUUAAAUAUGUGUAACUGGGAAUGCAUUUUAUUCUUCCUGCACAAAAUACUAAACAUCUAUGCCAUGUCGAUUUAUGCUU